AUGUCAAUUCAAGAUAAUCAAGAAUUCAUAAAUAAUGAUGGCAAAUCAUUCCACAUUGAAGGAAUGAUUUACAACUUUGGUUCAUCUAAACCAAUUAACCUUAUGUAUAAAUUUGAUGAUAAAGAUUCAAAAAUAUUAAAAACGUAUGAAAAUAUAGGAAAUGAAGGAGAUCAUGUUCAGCUAGAUAUACCAUUAUCUUCAGAUUUACCUGAAAGCAAUAAUCAUACAAUUUCUAUCUGGGCAGAAAAGGGAUUUAACAGGAAAUCCAAUGAGUAUAUACUAAAUUUCUCUUUCAUUUAUAAUAGACCUAAUAUUGAAGGUACUACAAUCUCAAUGUCUCCUUACACUAAAAACAUAAAUGACAACAUUGCAUUUGAAGGAACUGUUUCAGAUAAUGAUGGAAACGGAAUUGUUUCUGUUUAUUGCCGAUUUGACAAUGAAACAGAAAAUAAAAUGAUGUCAAAACAAAUAAUUAAUGCACAAAAUGAAAAAUAUGCAUUAAAUUUCACAGUUAAAAUUCCACCAUCAUUAACAGAAGAUUUUCAUAUAAUUUACAUAUGGGCGGUUGAUUCUAAUCAAAAAGAAUCAGAUUAUUUGCAUUUUCAAUUUUAUUUCAAACAUAAUGAACCAUCAAUUUCUAUCACAACAGAUAACAAUAUGCAAAUUCGAAAAGGAAUUAACAAUAAACUUGAAAUCAAAGGAAAUGUCAUUGAUCUUGAUGGAAGUGGAUCAAUUUUAAUAUACUACAUUAUUGAUAAUUCUACAGAACAAUAUCUAGAAACAAUAACAAUUUAUAAUACAUCAUAUCAUGAAUUCAAUAAAAAAAUUGAUCUCCCAGCAAACUUGAAUGAAGAAAUUCACGAAAUCAGAAUUUAUUGUAAAGAUGGAAAUCUUAAGAAAUCAAAUGAAGAAAUCAUCAAUUUCAUGUAUUUAUUCAACAAUCCAUCUAUUAUUGUCAACAAGGAACCUCUAUCUAUAUACCACAACAAAAUUGAUACAAAUAUCUCUGUCUCAGGAACAUUCACAAAUGACAAUUAUGCGGAUAAUAUCUACUUCUUCUAUGUCAUCGACAAUAGAGAUCGACAGAAGAUUGAAGAUGUUACAAUCACAAAUGAAUAUGAAUUCACAAUAUUGAUUUCAACAUCAGAAUACUUCGAACAAUUCGAUUCAGAGAGUACACACAGCCUUUCAAUUUGGAUUGUAGACAGCUUUGGUAAAUCAUCAAAAUACACUAAGACAUUCGAAUUUGUUUUCAAUUCACCAAUACUUUUUGUUUCAGCAGAAAAUUUCACGACACUCUCCCGGACAACAGACAAAUCGAUCAAUAUUGAAGGUACAAUCCAAGAUUUAGAUUGCACUGGUCUUAUCUCUGUUUUUUACAAAUUUGAUGAUAAUUUAUUUAGAGAAUUACAUUCAGAAAACAUGAACACAGAAUGUGGCAUCUCAUUUUCUAAACAAAUUGAGUUCCCAUCUAUAUUUUCAGAAUCUCUUCAUAAUAUUACGAUUUAUUGCUCUGAUGAACACAAUAAGAUAUCAAACGAAGAACAUAUUUUUUUAUAUUACCAAUACAAUUCACCAGAACUUACAAUCAACACAUUCGAGAACGGUCCAUAUUAUCGAUGCUUAAACAAGAGUAUUCAUCUGGAAGGCAACAUAGUUGAUCUCGAUGGCAUUGGUCAAGUCACUAUUACAUGUUACAUUGACGACAAUAUCAUUGACACUAAAACUAUUGAUAUUUUAAAUGUUAGCGAGCAUCUGUUUACAUUUGAUUUAGAGUUUCCACCAGAUCUCUCAGAAUCAUCGCAUUAUCUCAUAGUAACAGCAGUUGAUGAAUCAAAUAAAUCAUCUACUCCUUUUCGAUUGGAUUUUCAAUAUAUUUAUAAUUCGCCACUUCUUACUAUUACAACCCAAAAUAAUCAAGAAUUUAUGAAGAAUGCCUCAAAUUCAUUUUAUAUAACAGGAAGUUUAGUUGAUGAAGAUAAAUGUGGAAACGUUACACUUUACUAUAAAUUUGAUGGAAGCUAUGAAGUAAAUAUAGCAUUUUAUAAUAUCACAGAAAUAUACAAACAUUAUAUUAUUAUAUGCGUUCCAUUUCCAUCAGAUUUCAAGGAAAAUAAGAAUCAUAAUAUAACAAUUUGGGCAAUUGAUGAAACAAAUAAAACAUCAGAAAUUAUCAUUAAGAACUUCUCAUAUAUAUACAAUGAUCCGAUUUUCAAAUUAUACAACUUUACUAAGACUAAAUUAAUUCGAGGAAGCAAACAUUAUAUCAACUUUACAUAUGAACAUCAAGAUAAUACUAAAUUAAAGUCAUUAAAUAUUUCAUUUGAUGGCAAUUACAACAUCAGGUUAGAUAAUACAAUUUCAACUCCUUCAAACAUCAUUCAACAUACUGAAAAAAUUAAUAUCCCUAAUGAUAUUGAAAUCGGAAAACAUAUUAUAUAUUUGUAUGGAUGUGAUAUUUAUAAUCACUGCAAAAAAUCAAAUGAAAUAGAAAUCAAUGUUAUCAAAUAUUUCUCAACAAAAGAAGUUGAUUUUGAUUUUGUUAAGAAUUUCAAGAUUCGACCGAAACACUAUCAUUAA